GCUCUGAAUGUUUAAAUGAAAGUAAGCUUAUGAUCCUGAUCACAGCACACACUGAAAGGAAGUUUAUUCUAAGAUUUUCCAGCAUAUUCACACUAGAAUUUUGCACUAGAAUUUGAAAACAGCUUGGAAUUUUUGGGUUCAAACACUGUCAGCACUUUUUGAUCACAAUUAAGGUCCAGCUGUACCAUAACUAAAUCAACAGAGAAGCUUUGGUUUGAUUUGUGAUGCUCCACUCUCCUAUUUAAGCAAGCAAUUGCCUCUUGUACCUGAAUUUCAGGCAUUUUAAGGGAAAUAUUUGAAAUUUCCCCUUAGCCUAGACAAAGAAAUAAGGGUGAAAUUGACAAGGGCAUUGUGGAUUUCCCUAUCAUUUCUCUUAGAGACAAACAAGGAAUAUUUGGUUCUUGUUUUUAAUAUUUCAGGUCACGAUAAGCAUUGAUCAUGGUGUUUCUUAAAUUCAAGAAAUAAAGAAUGGUAACAUAGAGUUGCUAUUAGACAUAGGUCUCCUCACUCUUCAUAGAAGUAAUCUAUUACAAUUGAAUUACACCUCCAGGAGAACCUAAGAACAUUGCAGCAGAUGGAGAAUCGCAGCACCAUAUCUGAAUUCCAGCUUCUAGGGUUUCAGAUCUUUUCAAAGUGGGAGAUCACCCUUUUUGCUCUAUUCUUAUUUAUCUAUAUAUUAACUGUCACAGGGAAUGUGAUUAUCAUUGCAGUGGUCAAGUUGGAGCCAUGUCUUCACUCUCCUAUGUAUGCUUUUCUCCAAAACCUUUCUUUCCUAGAGAUUUGGUAUACCAGCACAAUUGUGCCUAAAAUGCUCCGCAGUCUUCUCUGGGAGACCAACACCAUCUCUUACAAUGGAUGCAUAACCCAGCUCUACUUUUUUGUCUUUCUGGGGGCAACAGAAUGCUUUCUUUUAUCUGUGAUGGCAUAUGACAGAUUCCUGGCCAUCUGUGAUCCACUGCAUUACACAAUAACCAUGGAUAGUCAGACCUGUAGACGACUGGCAAUUGGGUCUUGGGUGAUUGGUCUCAUCACAGGACUGUUGCCAUCUUUGUUGAUCUCCAAAUUAUCUUUCUGCAGAUCCAACCGAAUCAAUCAUUUCUUUUGUGAUAUCCCACCUUUGUUGAAGCUCUCUUGUUCUGAUACUUCAGUCACUGAGAUUACUAUAUUUGUGCUCUCUUUGUUGGUCCUUUUUACAUGUCUCUUGCUUACCUUGGUAUCUUAUGCCUUCAUCAUCUUUACUAUUCUAAAAAUCCCCUCUGCUUCUGGAAGGAAAAAGGCCUAUUCCACCUGUGGCUCCCACUUGGCUGUGGUGAUAAUAUAUUUUGGCACUAUGAUCUCAAUGUACGUUCGCCCCAAUAUUAACUUUUCCUCAGAACUGAAUAAGGUGAUAUCUAUUUUCUACACUGUCAUAACACCCCUUCUGAAUCCUGUAAUUUACAGUCUGAAGAAUAAUGAUUUCAGAGGAGCCUUUCAGAAACUAAUUGAGAAGAUGCAUGCCCAAUUUUGCUUGUAAAGCAAUGAAAUGUGGUUGUAGAUUUUAAUUUACUGUUAUUUUUACAUUGCACUUGUUUCAAAAAUCAGUAAACUGAAGUAUCAUAAGCUUACUAUAUGUAUAAUUUCUAAUGUACUGGCAUAUGUAGUAGCUAUAGCAACAUUUUCAAACUCAAUUCCAAAAUCAAAUCAGAUAUGUUCAAAUAUACAAUUGUAACAUGAGUCUGAUGGAAUGAUCUUUAUUAUGUUCCUAACUACAAAUAAAAUAUUAUUGUCUUGUCUGCUCCUUCUCAUCUAAAUAAUGGAGGAUUGUCUUUGAUGUAAUGUAUAUCCUAAGACCAUUCAAAGUUAUAAAGGAAAAAUAUGAUCCUUUUUCACACUU